AUGGCUCCUCCUCUGUUUCUGCACGGCCAUAGGGAGUCCGGCUGCUUUGCUGUCCUUGCCGAUCGGAAAUACUACCGCCGUGGAAACCUGUUCAUCAAGCGAACCCUGCGGAAGCACGAGUGGACGGAGCUCAGCAGUGACACGGUCGCGGAGCCUUCUGCUGCCCUGCCCCAGCGAUUUCGAACCGACGUGGCCGUCCAGCAGUAUCUGCGUGAACGGACCAACAUACCUUUGCCCGCAUUUGCGUCGACCUUUGAGGACGAUGGCGCAAUGUAUCUGCUACCGGAAGAGGAUCGAAGGGUCAUUGAGAAGGAGCUGCAGCAGCACAUGGGGACACUCAAGUCCCUGCGAUCCGACACCCUCGGCGUGCCAGGUGAGCAGCUCAGGGUCGCGCCACAACGCGUCUGUGAUAUGAGUUGGAUUUAUUACACUUGCUGGCGACCACGCAGCAACGUGAAGGGAGACUUUGUCUUCUGCCACAACGACCUGGGUCAACACAACGUACUCGUCGACCCCAAAACUCUCAAGAUCACUGCCAUUAUCGACUGGGAGUUUGGUGGCUUCUGGCCCGAGUGGUUCGAGCGACCUUUCUGGAUGCGGCCGGACGACACAGAGCGUUGCCGCGAGUGGCUGACGGCCAACUUCGAGGCGGUUGAGCAGCAACACCUGCCCACCCUUCAGGACAAGCUCGAUUCGAUGCCUUGGACCCCUAAAGUCUUGGACGACGAGCUACCAAGCCAGAAGGUGGCUGAACCGACCAAGCAGACAAAGGACGAGCCAGAGGUUGCUAUUGCCUCCCCUAUUCACACGACAUGA